AAUCCCACGUCUUCCCCACGCCCUCCCUCGCCUUCCCACCCACCCACCCACCAGCGGACCCACCUCGCAGGACGCCGGCGCCGUCAUCAUGAGCGGCGCGGCGGCGAUCGGCAGCCGCAGCGGGAGAUGGGCCACCGCCUCCUCCUCUUCGUCGGCGGCGACCGCCGUGGUGCAGCCGCAGGCGGAGUACGGGAGGCGGACGUGGGCGCUUGAACCCCCGAUGGCAGCGGCGGGGGCGGCGGCGGCUGAUGGGGAGUACAGCCCUGGGCUCCUUGACCUCCACUCCCUCGACACCGAGCUCCUCACCGAUAUGCCUGCUGCAGGAUCUUACGACACAGAUACAGCUUUCUAUUAUGAUGGGGACCAAAGCUUCAACGAGUCAAGCUUUGCCACAAGUAACCCAAACACUGUUUCAAAGUCGAGUUCCGUGGCCAAAAUAAAAGUAGUGGUGAGGAAAAGGCCUCUGAAUAAGAAGGAAAUAUCUCGAAAGGAAGAAGAUAUCAUCACAGUAGAUGCAUAUGCCAACUCUCUCACUGUGCAUGAGACAAAACUCAAGGUUGACUUAACAGAAUACAUGGAGAGGCAUGAGUUUGUGUUUGAUGCUGUUUUGGAUGAUGAUGUAUCAAAUGAUAAGGUUUACAAUGAAACGGUGGAACCCAUUAUUCCUGCCAUUUUCCAGCGAACAAAGGCUACAUGUUUUGCCUACGGUCAGACAGGUAGUGGGAAAACGUAUACCAUGCAGCCACUACCCCUUAAAGCAUCCCAGGAUAUUUUGAGACUAAUACAUUAUACAUACAGAAGCCAAGGCUUUCAAUUGUUUGUCAGCUUCUUUGAGAUUUAUGGUGGAAAGCUUUUCGAUCUUCUUAAUAAGAAAAGGAAACUCUGCAUGAGGGAGGAUGGUAAACAACAAGUGUGCAUUGUGGGAUUACAAGAGUAUAGAGUUUCAGACGUUGAAAUGAUAAAGGAGCUCAUUGAGAGAGGAAAUGCUUGCAGAAGCACGGGAACUACUGGUGCAAAUGAGGAGUCCUCCAGAUCUCAUGCAAUACUUCAGCUUGCUAUUAAAAAGGUGGUUGAGGGUAAGGAGUCUUCUCGAGUUGUUGGGAAGUUGUCCUUCAUUGAUCUUGCUGGCAGCGAGCGUGGUGCAGAUACGACUGAUAAUGACAAGCAAACGAGAAUUGAAGGUGCUGAAAUCAACAAAAGUUUGCUUGCUCUAAAGGAAUGUAUCAGAGCUCUUGACAACGAUCAAGUUCAUAUUCCUUUCAGAGGAAGCAAACUAACAGAAGUUUUGCGAGAUUCAUUUAUUGGAAACUCACGGACUGUGAUGAUCUCCUGCAUUUCUCCAAAUUCUGGAUCAUGCGAACACACACUAAAUACACUGAGAUAUGCUGACAGAGUCAAAAGCCUUUCUAAAGUAGGCACCAAGAAGGAUGAUCCACUUCCACCAGCCUCAAAUAUGAGAGAAUCAAGUCCUGGGCCUCCUUUAUCGAACCUUGAUUACUGCGAUGCUUCUGACGAGCUCAAAAGAUAUGGACUAAAGAAAACUGCACAAGAUGAUUCUUUACUUUCUAACAUAAGCCGUGUUCCUAGUGGGAGGUUUGUUACACAAGGACCAUUACCAUACUUAAAUCACGUUAAUGAGCCCUCAAGGAGUUCCGCAAAAGGUAAUGGCUAUGAGUUAUCAGAAGAGGGGUCUGAGCCAGAUAUACCCUUACAGAAAAGCAGUAGAGCUCCAACAAACUCAACUUCAUCCAUAGAUGGAACCAGAAAGACUGCAACUCAAAUGCAGUGGAAAAGUACACCUGAAGUACAUGCUAAUGGUCUGGAUGCAGAUGAUGUGCUAGAUGCCCUCUUGAAGGAGGAAGAAGAUCUGGUAAUUGCUCACCGCAAACAAGUGCAGGAGAGUAUUACCAUCCUUAGAGAGGAGAUGAAGCUGUUAGAGGAAGCAGACCAGCCAGGCAAUCAGUUAGAUGAGUACAUAACAAGAAUGAGCUUUAUCAUAUCCAAGAAAGCAGCUGGUCUUAUGAAUUUGCAGGCACGCUUAGCACGUUUUCAACAGUGCCUUUCGGAGCAGAAUGUUCUCGUAAAUCAAAGCGAUUUGUGAAUGUUAUGCUCAGACAUGGUCACACCAUGCGAUGUUCACAGAAGUCAGGUCAGCAUUGUGGUUACUGGUCGAUGGAUGAACCUGGAGAGUCUAUUGUUCUGAUGUGGAUCGGAAACUUCUUGUUUGUCCAUUUUAUCACACAGACCUUGUUCAUUUCCUCGGGCAAAUCGGUAACUUCGGCAUGCAAGUGUUUGAUUGCAUACGCUGCUGCUAUUCUUUUUGUUUUUUCUUCAAUUCAUCUUUACUACCCUUGCUACAGAGAAACUACAGUGUCCAACGAAGUUUUGGUACUGUAAUUAAUUGCAAAGAACUGAAGAAACACGAGCGCGUAUUGCAGAGUUGGCCGGUCAUUAUAGGUGAAUCAUUUGUACAGUGUACAUCCAUAAUUUGUUUGCUCUACGAUGUAAGAUUGGAAGAUUGAUCUGCUGCUUUGGACGUUCAUCUUGUUUGCUCUACAGUGUACAAUUUUGCUGGUAUAGUGGUAUGGAUUGGAAACCACUUCUGUUUC